AUGGAGGAGGUUUUCAGAGGGGUUGAUGGGAGGAGUGGUUGGGACUUACAUUUGACUAAAAACCUCAAUGAUUGGGAGGUUGAGGAGUUUUACCUUGCUUCUACACUUAUUGGCCGAUGUACACCUGGAAACUACCAAGGACAAGGCUCCAAUAGUGAUGGUGACAGUGAGAGGGUUCUGGCUUUACAGAUUUGGAAAGUGAAGGCGCCUCCAGAAUUAUUUUUUUUGCUUGGGAAAUGUGAAUAUUCAUCUACUGAACCAUAUUUGGUGUCUCACCACCAGAUAUUGGCCCACGCAGCAGCUUUUUCCAUACCGGUAAGCAAGUACAAGGAUAAGCAGGGGGGACAAGUAGGCAUUUCGGUGGAUUGCGAAUGGGCAGAGCCUAAUUCAGACAAAAUUGAAGAUCAGUUGGCUGCAGCUAGGCGCCUGGAUUUUCAACUCGGAUGGUUCUUGAAUCCCCUUUGUUAUGGAGAUUAUCCUCAAACUAUGCGUGAGCAAGUUGGAGAUCGACUCCCUAAAUUUUCGCAGGAAGAUAAAAAGUUACUUGAAAACUCAAUAGACUUUGUUGGAUUGAAUCACUACACAUCAAGGUUUAUUGCUCACAUGGAAAAUACCCCUGAAGAAGGUGAUGUGUAUAAAGCACAGCAGAUGGAGAGAAUUGUUCAAUUGGAAGGUGGUGAAGCAAUUGGUAAAAGAGCAGCCUCAGACUGGCUCUAUAUUGUUCCCUGGGGCAUCCAGAAAACUCUCAAUUACAUAGCACAGACAUACAACAAUCCCAUAAUAUAUAUUACCGAGAAUGGUAUGGAUGAAGAAUAUAAUGAUUCGUCUCCACAGAUGCUAGACGACAAAUGGAGAAUUGCUUAUUUUAAGGAAUACCUUGCCUUUGUUGCUAAGGCAAUCAAUGACGGAGUGGAUGUACGGGGGUAUUUUGCGUGGUCGUUAUUAGAUAAUUUCGAGUGGGCUCAAGGCUUUACCAAGCGAUUUGGUUUAAUAUAUGUGGAUUAUGUGAAUGGGCUUACUCUGCACCCCAAUUCUUCUGCUUAUAUGUACCUACCAUUUCUAAAAGGUGAUGAGGGGAAAAAUGGUAAAGAAGAGUAACCAUACGAGCAUAUAUCAUAUCAUAAGCAUAUUAUGUAACCAUACGAGCAGCAUAAGUGAAACGUGAUGCUGUCAAUUCUUCCACUUUUACUUGUUGCUCUCUCGUGUCUUCAUUGAACAAGUAAUUAAAUAAAAAGCAUAGAGAAUGAAUGUUGAUGAUAUAUUAUGGAAA